ACAGAACGGGUUGGUUGUUUGAUGCUAACUAGCUGAAUCAUUUGGUUGAAGUCUCUCCCUCUUUCUUGUGAUUGUACGUGUCUUGUAGCGCAAUGGCGGCAAGAUAUGACAGAGCUAUUACUGUAUUUUCCCCUGAUGGUCAUCUCUUUCAAGUGGAGUAUGCACAAGAAGCUGUAAAGAAAGGCUCCACUGCGGUGGGAAUCAGAGGAAAAGACAUUGUUGUGCUUGGCGUUGAGAAAAAAUCAGUAGCAAAGUUGCAGGAGGAAAGGACUGUCCGCAAAAUAUGCGCCCUGGACGAGCAUGUCUGCAUGGCAUUUGCAGGUCUGACAGCAGAUGCCCGUAUUGUGAUAAACAGAGCUCGGGUUGAGUGCCAGAGCCACAGGCUAACUGUUGAGGACCCUGUCACAGUGGAAUACAUCACACGCUACAUAGCUACACUGAAACAGCGCUACACUCAAAGCAAUGGGCGCCGGCCGUUUGGCAUCUCUGCAUUGAUUGUUGGCUUUGACUACGAUGGGACUCCCAGGCUGUACCAGACAGACCCAUCAGGAACCUACCAUGCCUGGAAGGCAAAUGCAAUUGGUCGAAGUGCCAAAACCGUGAGGGAGUUUCUGGAGAAGAAUUACACAGACGAAGCCAUUGCUGGUGACAAUGAAGCAAUAAAGUUGGCUAUCAAAGCUUUGCUUGAGGUUGUCCAGUCAGGAGGGAAAAAUAUUGAGCUUGCUGUUAUCAGACGGAAUCAGCCACUGAAGAUAUUGGAAUCCAAGGAAAUUGAGACCCUGGUGGCUGAGAUUGAGAAGGAAAAAGAGGAGGAGGCAGAGAAGAAGAAGCAGAAAAAAUCAACUUGAACAGUUAACCUUUUCUUUAAUGCACUUGGAUGACAAAUAGCAUAUUUGGGUUGCAAAUAUUAGUAAGUUUCAGAGGUUUUUUUCAACUCGUCACUUAUUUCAUUGUAAAGACCUGAAUCAUAAUUUGAGAUCUAUUGAUAAUUGAAUGAUUUGCACAUCAGUGAGUGAUACUGCACUAGAUGCAAAGAAUAUCGACUUCUUAUACUUUCAGCUAUUUAGUAUACUGAUGUGUAAAUGCAUACACGUAGAUCUCAAGUUAUGAUUUGGAUCUUAAAAUACACUUUACAGGAUGCUUGAUGAUGGAUCUUGUUAAAAAACAGCCAUUUGUAAUGUUCAGAAUCAUAAUGAAACUUAAUACACAAUAAAAGCAGAUUUGUUUGUAACAUCUGUUUAUGUUGAUUACAAAACUA